CAAAAUCCAUAAAUGUCAUUAGCUUUAUUUAUUUUUCUUCUAUAUAUCAGCUAGCAGCAAGUAGUGUCAACCUACUACUCCCCAGACUUUCCCCCUCCAUUAUUUUUCCUCCUCCUCAAAUGGCUAUUCAAUUUGAGAAUUUGGUAGAAUCGAUAAAAUUAAAAGCGAGGAAAUUGAAGAAAUCGUACAUCAAAAUAGAUAAAAGUUCCAACGUUAGAGUGGAUAUUCGCAACAGAAAUGCACGUAACCUCAUCGAUAAGACUCUCCAAGCUGCUGAUCGUCCCAGCAAGAGUAGCCUCUCUUAGUACUCUCUCCAUUUGAAAUAAUAAUAAUAAUUUCUCCUUGUUUGGAGUUUGUGUAUAUUUAUUAAUAGAUAAGAGAUAAAAUGGUUGUUUCUGUGUUUCUUCA